AUAGCCCUUGGAAUGUUGAUGCUAUAUUCUCCACGUAUGAAAAAGUGAUGCACUGAGCUUCGAUCUAUCCACAACAGAAUAGAACACAAGAUGGUCGUGGAAAGCAUCAGAUCGACAGUGGCACUAGAUCACCUCUAUGCAAAACCUGAAGAAGAACUGGUUGACUUGGAAAAAGACGCUAGUUUGAAGGAAACAAUCGCGAACUUGGCUGAACUCACAGAUGACGAGUUAAUCAAGCUUUUCUUCAAUGCUAACACUGCCGCUGAUGACAACCUAAAUUUGCAUCCUGUUGGGGAAGACUUUGCAAACCUGUCCGCAGACAUUGACAACACUUCCUUUUCGUCAGCUGAUGUAGAUGAAACACCUAGCUUAUCACCAUGUAGCGACAGCACUGCAUCUGAUUCAUUCCUCACAUCCAGUCCUGAGGGAAUGGAUUUUGAUAUAAACUCAGACAUGGUCAGCACAACAUCGUCAGAGGGCAUCUUACAUACAACAGAUGACUUUGCUAUUGAUGUUGGUUAUGACUGGCUUUCAGAGCUGCAACAAGACCCACCUAGAUCAACCACAGUAAACACACUUCAAACAACAUCCACAUCAAUCAAUGUCGUAAAUGAGCCAACUGUCACCUCUUCACAACCCACAAUGACACCAACGACAUAUUCUUCUCUUCGGAAUGGUAGCAAACUUGUCCUGACAGAGGAAGAGAAAAAACUGUUAGCCCAGGAGGGGGUGGAGCUUCCUACUGACGUCUCUUUGACGAAAGCUGAGGAAAGGGUUCUCAAGAAAGUGCGAAGAAAAAUAAAAAAUAAGCAAUCAGCACAAGAGAGCAGAAAAAAAAAGAAAGAUUAUGUUGAUGGCCUGGAAAUGAGAGUGAAAGUGUGCACAGAGAAAAACACUAGUUUGCAGAAGAAAGUGGAUAACUUAGAAAAGCAGAACUCGACACUAAUGGAUCAACUGAAGCAACUUCAAGCCAUUGUUGCUGCAACUCACCCAACAAAGACACAGACUGGAACAUGUUUGAUGGUUCUUAUUCUUGCCUUUGGCCUUGUUAUAUUCCCUAUGAAUGGAAUCAACACUGCACCAACAGCAAAAGACGCUGUUGCAAGCUACGCUUCAAUAAAUGUUCGUUCCCGCACAUUACUACAAGUUCGCGAUGAGGCACAUGACGAUACCGUUAAUCCUCCUGCUACAAGUGCAAAUGGAUCCGAGGCAUACCAAGCACUGGAACUUGAUUGGGAUGCUGAACAAAAAGACCCACAUUUGGCAGACCUCAGCUUUAAUCUACGUAACAAUGAAGAAUCACAAACACAAGUGAAAGAGAAGACACCGAUGAGAACCGAAAGAAAGUAAAUGAAUUCUGUCAACACUAUUACUGUAUGUAAUGUAUAUAAAUAUUAGUUUUAUUGUAGUACAUAUAAUCUUUUUGCUUGCCUUUCUAUAAAUGAAUAGUAGAAACUUCCUGACUGUUGUCAUUGAAAGUUGUAUAAAUUCUAUCAAAAGCAUGUUCUUUUUGUAUCUCUCUAGUCUAAUUUGUUUUUAGUUGACAUUCUAUGGUAUUUAUCUCUCACACUUCUGUACCUUUUAAGUAUUGUAAAUAACUUUAUUCUUACAUUGUCUGUUUACUCAUUUACCACCACCAGUAUCCUCUCAUGUUAUUUCAAGGUUCAAAACUACAGGUAUAAUUCUGUUACAGGAAACGUUUAUAUAAAAGAUUGAAUGAAUAAAAUCAAUGACAUGUGAA